AUGGAUGGAGGUGAGAGACGAGCUGUGCAUCCGGCAAUCGAACCGCUCUCUUACUUGCUGGGAACUUGGAGAGGUAAAGGCGAGGGCGGUUUUCCCACGAUCUCCUCCUUCAGUUACGGCGAAGAGCUUCAUUUUUCCCACUCCGGCAAGCCUGUGAUAGCUUAUUCUCAAAGAACUUGGAAAUUAAACUCGGGAGAGCCUAUGCACGCCGAGAGUGGCUACUGGAGACCCAAACCCGAUGGAACCAUUGAAAUUGUCAUUGCUCAGAGCACCGGUCUUGUUGAAGUUCAGAAAGGGACAUACAAUGGGGAAGAAAAAGUGGUAAAGCUUAAGAGCACACUGGUGGGCAAUGCUUCUAAGGUAAUAUAA